GUGGCAGCCGUCUCUGUUUGAAGAUAUUGAUAUGAUCGCAGUUUUCAGCAUAGCAUACUUCUCCAUCAAUCGGCAAUGAUUGUCCGAGAAGGAUCGAUGUCGGCAUCGGAUUUGUGAAAUCGCUUGGCAAGAAGCUUCGUCCCCCUUGCCAAACUCAAGUCCAACCCAACAUGUCGUAUCUGGUGACUCAAGGGCAGGCACCCUCCACGGAUAAGACACAAUCAACUCCUCGCCUCGUCCCUCUUGCGCCAGCGGCUGCCAUUCCGGUGCGACAAGACAACAGCGGCAAAGAUGUCCAACUCAUGCCAUUCAGUUGCACAACCUGUGCUAAAAGGAAAGUGAAGUGUGACAAACUCCCCGGUACAUGUUCAGCCUGCCGCAAAAGUCGAGUAGAAUGCCAGUAUCUGGAGCCAGCACCUCGGAAAAAGAAGCGGAAACCAGUAGAAGAUCUACAGGAUCGGCUUGACAGAUAUGAAAAGCUUCUCCACGAACACGGUAUCAUUCCGAAGGAUGAAGGUAGCACGUCGAGUACGACGGAGACGAGCAAGUCACGGCAGAACAGCGCAUCUGGGAGUCCCAUGACCCUGUUCGGUCCUGCUCCCCAAGGACUCCACAAGACUGGAAAGUUGGUCCAGGGUCGGGGCAAGACCAGAUAUAUCGAUAGCAAUAUUUGGCGCAACCUGGCCGAUCAUAUGGGCCUUUCUUCUGACGAAGGGGAAGACGACUACGACGAGCAUGAAGACACGCCCGCAUCAGCCGAGCCCUUGGACCCGGCUUCGGCUGCCUUCUUCGGACCAACAACACCAUCUCAAAAUCUGCUGGACGCGCAUCCCAGCUACGAGACAGCUGUAAAGCUCUGGAAGCUCUACGUGAGGAAUGUCGACCCCAUUUGCAAGCUUGUGCAUGUGCCUACUGGCAAAGCAAUGGUCGAGAAAGCAGCUGCGGAUCCUAGCGCUAUUGACAGAGUCACCGAGUGUCUUCUAUUUGCAAUAUACCACUUUGCCGUCGCGUCGACAUCUGAGCGGGAGUGCGAAGACACAUUCGGCGAGUCAUGGGUCGUGAUGCAGAGGCGAUACCACAACGCAACGAGACAGGCGCUGGUUGCGGCGCACUUCCUGCGAACUACAGAGCUGGCCGUGCUGCAAGCAUUUGUGCUGUUUCUAUUGCCGAUGCGCAAUCGGUAUGACCCGCACACUUUCUGGAUUUUGACAGGCAUUGCAGUGCGAAUAGGUCAGCGAAUGGGCUUGCACAGAGAUGGCGAGGAGAUGGGUCUUAAUCCUUUUGACGUGCAGAUGCGACGUAGAGUGUUUUGGCAACUGCUCCCGCUCGAUGGUAUGUCUGGACAGCUAUCCGGAACGGGAAUUGCUAUUUCCGCAGAUUCAUGGGACACGAAACAACCUUUGAACAUCAAUGACGAAGAUAUUUGGCCCGGAAUGGAGACUCCGCCUGUUGAAAGGCAGGGUGCUACUGACAUAAUUUUCGUUUUGGCCAGGACAGAGAUCGGCAAAUUCCACCAGAAAGUGAAACCACAACUAGGUCUCUGGUCGAAACUAUGGGAAGCCGAAGAUCAAGCUGCAAUUCAGAAUGCUCUUUCUGACGUGGAGCGGCAUAUGGAGGAGAAAUAUAUUCGCUACUGCGACUUCGGAAUUCCGGUCCAUUGUAUGGCGAUGGCGAUGUGUCGUGGCGCUCUCCAGUCUGGGCGUCUCCGGGUCAAGCUAGGCAUGGCCAAGAAUCACGGCUCGACUCCUGAUGAGCGCAGAUCGUUAUACACCCUUGCGAGCAAAAUCCUGGACCUGGAUAUUGCCGUUCACGAGAACGCUUCUCUUCAGCGGUUUGACUGGCAUAUGAAGAGCUUCUUUCAGUGGGAUCCCCUGAUUUGGAUGCUCAACGAGGUUCGCAGGGAAGAUACAGUACUCGAUCGCGAAGAGGUGUGGGCCAAAGCGACUCAUAUCUACAAAUGCCACCCUGAACUUAUCGCUGGUAAAAGAUCUGAUCUGAGUCAGCCGGAGCUCAACCCUGGGCAUCGGUCUAUCGACCUUGCGCUUGGCAGACUCACCGUGAGGUCUUGGGACGCAACACAGAAACAGAGGCCAUCACCUAUUCCAGAACCCUCUUUCAUCACAGAACUAAGAAAGGUUAUGUCCAGGAAAGAAAUGUCACGGCAUUCUAGUACCACGCAGACGCCCAGCCUGCCGGCGAACAGUGUCAAUGUGGCUCCUCAGCCACUUCCGGAAAUUCCUGUCAGCAAUUACAUCAACGGCAACAUGCCAUGGGGCUUUGCGACCUACGGAGCGCUUGACAAUGUCAAUAAUGAUUUGGACUGGAUGUUCUGGGACCAGAUGUUGCAAGAACCAUCUGCUUUUCCCAAUGUGUAACGAUCUUGAUCACGCCAUGACAAUACCACUGGAUCGGUCGUCUUCCACCGCUUACUGCCACCGCAAUCGGCACGGACGAUAUGACUCUCAGCUUCAGUGCAACACAGCGCAUGAUGAUUCGAACUUCGCUCAUCUAGACUCAUACAUAACCAUUUCACCUUUCUG